GCCUGAAGAGUCCAGUUGGAUUGACAAGGAGUGGUUUAUUUCAUAUGCAUGUCCCGUGGGCUAUCAACAUAUCUAGUGUUCACUAUCACAACCUUCAACGGUCUACGAUACGACCAUUACUCAGUAGACCUAUGCACGGCAUUGUUUCGUUGUUAUUCAAAUAUGUUAGGUGCUUGAACCAACUACAAAUCGGGUUCCAUGAGCCUUUCUUGGUAGUUGAGACGUAUUAUGUGCGCAGCCAAACUGACGUAUGAUGUAACAUGCAAGUAUUAGUUUACUAGAUAAACUGCUUUGAUAAAAAUCGGUACAUAUGCUUUCUUUACUCAGGUUGUUUCGGGUCAAGUUUAUGGUGCAUAGCCUACCCUACCUGACGCGGUGCAGAGACUAUUGGAAAAGGUUGGAUAGAUGUUUGAGCACUGUGCAAGAAGCAUGGCAGGAAAUCCGAGGAGGGGCGCAGGUCUCAUCGGCUUGAUGAAGGACGCAUUUCAGCCCCAUCACCAGCUUCUCCAGCCUCACCAACCUGCAGUGGUAGACAAGAAAAUGGUGGAGAAAUGCUGGAAACUUAUGGAUAAGGUGGUGCGUCUGUGCCAGAACCCUAAGGUGGCCCUGAAGAACAGCCCCCCAUACAUCCUGGACCUACUGCCAGACACCUACCAGCACCUCCGCACCAUACUGUCACGCUACGAGGGCAAGAUAGAGACGCUUGGGGAGAAUGAGUACUUCCGGGUGGUGAUGGAGAACCUGACCAAUAAGAUCAAGCAGACCAUGAGCUUGUUCAAGGAGGCCAAGGAGCGCAUGUAUGAGGAGAACUCUCAACCCAGGCGGAACUUGACCAAGCUGUCGCUGAUAUUCAGCCACAUGCUGGCUGAGCUAAAAGCCAUAUUUCCCAAUGGCCUAUUCCAAGGAGACAACUUCCGCAUCACCAAAGCAGACGCCGCCGAGUUCUGGAGGAGGUCUUUUGGUGACAAGACCAUUGUUCCAUGGAGGAUGUUCCGCCAGGCUCUUCAUGAGUUCCACCCCAUCAGCUCAGGCCUGGAGGCCAUGGCUCUGAAGUCCACCAUCGACCUCACAUGCAACGACUACAUCUCCGUCUUCGAGUUUGACAUCUUCACCAGGCUCUUCCAGCCGUGGUCAUCUCUCCUGAGGAAUUGGAACAGCCUGGCUGUCACACACCCGGGGUAUAUGGCCUUCCUCACCUACGACGAGGUUAAGGCCCGACUGCAAAGGUUCAUCCACAAGCCUGGCAGUUAUAUCUUCAGACUGAGUUGCACUCGGCUGGGCCAGUGGGCCAUUGGCUACGUCACUGCAGAUGGGAACAUUCUGCAGACCAUCCCCCACAACAAGCCCCUCUUUCAGGCCCUCAUUGAUGGAUUCAGGGAGGGAUUCUACCUGUUCCCAGACGGCCGGGCCCAGAACCCAGACCUCACAGGGCUGUGUGAGCCCUCCCCACAGGACCACAUUAAAGUCACACAGGAGCAGUAUGAGCUCUACUGUGAGAUGGGCUCCACAUUCCAGCUAUGUAAGAUCUGUGCCGAGAAUGACAAGGAUGUGAAGAUAGAGCCCUGCAGCCACCUCAUGUGCACCUCCUGUCUCACUGCCUGGCAGGAAUCGGAGGGGCAGGGCUGUCCGUUCUGCCGCUGUGAGAUUAAAGGCACAGAGCCCAUCGUGGUAGACCCCUUCCACCCCAAGAACAGCAGCAGCGGGGCCUCCUUUGCCAGCUUCCAGGGGCCCUACGGGGUGGAAGGAGGGGGCUCCCUGUCAGUCUCCCCCAGCAACGACGAGGACGAUGACGAGCGCCUGGAGGAUCCCCACCUCAUUAUGAGCAGGCUGGCCUGCACGAAGGUGGAGCGCCCGCCCUCCCCUGUGACGCCCCUGCCCCCCGUGCCCCCCAGGCUGGACCUGCUGCAGCAGAGGCCCCCCAGCUCCCCAGGGGCCCCGGGCCAAGGAGCAACAACCAAGAUUGCAGCCCUCCACAGAGACAAACCUUUGCCCCUCCCUCCUGCUCUGCGAGAGUUACCCCCACCUCCCCCACCCGAACGCCCUUCUCCCCUUGGACCCCCAGAGGGCCGGCUUCAAAGGAGACCUCUGCCAAGCACCCCUCCAGAGCCCAACUGGGCCUCCAACUACAUGGUUCCCCGGCACGUAGCCAAGGCCCCCCCACAGACCAACGGACCCAGUGACAGUGACUGCAUCCACAGAGCAAAGCCGCUAGCAGCGACCAACGCUAUCUACUCCCUGGCAGUCGGACCUCAACAGGAGUCUACUGGUGAGAAGUCAUCUGGGAGUGAUGAGGAGAAUGAGUACAUGAGCCCCACCUCUCUCCCUGCAGCAGGACCCUCCUGGGCCAUGGCAGGUGCUGUCGUGCCCUCACCACCACCGGUCCAACCCACUAACCGCGACUCACGGACUGUGGACUGUGAGGACCCUCAGGUGUAUGAGUCCAUGUGUAACAUCCAGGCUAGUGCUAUGGAGCCCCUCCCUCUGCCCUCCCUGCCCCAGCAGCCACCAGAGUCAGACUACCUCAUCCCUCCCCCUGCGGUUCCCCUGCACCAUAUGGUAGAGGAGAUGGAGGAUGAGUAUGACUACCCCCGACCCCAGGCUCCCCCAGCACCCGCCAGGCGCACCCUCUCUGACGUCACCGGCACCUUGGCCGCCUUCAGCUGCCUAUCAAUGGACAGCCCUACCAUAGAUGCCUCUACGUUUUCAUCAGGUCAGGACCCCGAGUGCCCCCCUAAGCCCCUCCCACGCCGGGUCAACUCAGACCACCGGCCCCGCCCCCUUACCCCAGAAGCCCUGCUCCCUGCCGCCAGUCCAUCAGCUGGCUACCGAGGGGGGCCCGUUCCCGGUGUGGCGCUAUCCAUCAACGGGGAGAUAGAGCAUCUGAUGAGCCAGGGCUACUCGUUCCAGGACAUUCAGAAGGCCCUGAUGAUCGCCCAGAACAACCUGGAGACGGCUAAGAACAUCCUGCGCGAGUUUGUGUCCAUCCCCUCCACGGCCCACAUCCUCACGUAGCAGCCUCAACACCACACCCUAUAUCCUUUACCCACUGUGCCAUAAUGGAUAGCAUUUCUACUGUGCUGGUUGUGACCGGUCUGGAAGCACUGUAAAUUGUAAGGGGAAGAGGACUCGGUCCCAUGCACAGGCAUCUAAGUGAGAGAAUCUAAGGGGAGAGGAAGGAUGCUUGACGUGGCCUCUGUAUGGCCAAGCCUUUGACCCUUGUAUGGUCGUUUGUGCUUGCCUCCAGUAUUAUUGUGUGGCUCUAAGCAUUUCCUUGUUUCUGAGUGCAAGGUAGAGUAAGCCGAAAUUCACACGGUGUGCUUAGGCUACAGUAAGGAAUAGUUAUGGACUUAUUGUGCAGCAGCAGUAACUAUUGUUGGGGCAUACCUGACUCAUGAUUCCCACUCCCUCUUCACCCUAAUGGUGACCAUGUUAGUUUUGAUUGUGUCAUAGUCGUACAUACAGUUUGUAGCUAGACACGCCAGGUGGAGACUAAACCAUUUGAUUCUGUGGUUUGUGCUAAAGCCAAUGAAUGUGAAUAUUUGAGUUGGAUUGCAGUAUUACAGGGCUCCAUGUCAUGCAUUAUACUGUAAUUGCAGUAGGUGAAGUAACUAUUUUUUUAAAAGUAAGCAUAACUCCAAAUUGCUUUAGUUCCUGGUUUACUUAUAAUAUAUAAGCCUGAAUGACGUGUACGUAAUCUCAGAAUGUAUUCAGUGUAGUGCUAACAUUGACUGGUGAACUAAUGUAACAUUUCUGAUGUCAUCAUUCACUGUUAGGCCUUAUUGUUAAUUCUGUGAAUAGCUUAUAUUUUAAAGUGAGUGUCCUUUUUUUAAUGUCAUACUUAAAAAUAAAGGGAGUAUAUCUGCUCUAUCUGAAUUUUGCUCUCUGCUAAUCAGUGUGCAAUUGGACUUCUGCUUGUAAGGGUUGUUUUUUCGGAUCCAUACUAUUCAUUUUCCAGACAAUAAUAUAUUGAUUGGGCAGAGAAGACAAAGUGAUCCAAGUCAUGUAUAUACCAUGAUAUUUAGUGAAAUGAAGUACUUAAUUGGCACUACCUCAGACUUGCUUUGCUGCCUCCUCUGGGAAAGAACACUUUGUACAACGUUCUUGUUUAUACGUUACAAACAGAAUAUGGCCCUAUCUUAAGGUGGCUCAGUAUGCGUUUUGAACUAAUGUAUUUUCUUUACCUACCUUGAUUUAGGAUUGUUUUUUUUCUCACAAUGAUGUGGCUUCGACACAUUUGAGAAAUCUGUUAAUAUAUGAAUCAUUUAAAUUUAAAUGAAUUUGAAACCCCGUUGAACAUGGAGUUUUUGUCAUUGUCCUCUGGACUCGGGUACAACAGACUGAACAAUGUGCAGUAAUAUGCCAAGGUUAUUUGGGGACUCACACCAGAAAUGUUAGGUGUUUGAUUCAAAGCCAAAAGUAUUUAAAUACAGGUUUAAAUCACAUUAUUAGUUGUACAUACUUCUAGUUGUAAAGAAUGGCCAUGAUAUUUCUGCAUCUGUUUGUUUCGCUUGAGUUCAAUACUGUUUUAACUUUCAAAUUGUGAUGUACUUUGACUGCAAUUCCUUGAUCAUCAACUUAAGUGCCACUCCUUGUAAAAUCAUUUGAGAAUUGACUUCAGGCCUCUGCUUUCCACUGUGUCGCUCAUAUGUGGACUCACCACAAGAGGACACUCUGUCAUAAGAGAUUGCUGUGGUCUCAUACGCCACACUAGUAAUUGCUCAAUAGUUGCAGAAUUUACUGGUGUACGGAAGCACAGUUGGUGCUUUGUCGUUCGAUCGAAGAUAAAUGUGAAAUUGUAUGUUAGAAUUCAUUGUGCGCCUCACCUGUACAUACAGAGAGGACUAACAAAAACUUUUUUCAUUGCCUUGUUGCAUGUGUAGUUAAAGUUUUAUUUAUUCAUUUUAAUGUACUCAGCAUUCAUUAUGUUGCCAUGUCUUCAUUCCUCAGCCAUUAAAGAUGUUCAAAUAAACAAUAUUUUCUUUAA